GUGGUCGCCUAUAUGUUACCUGUACUCAACGGCACGCCACUAUCUGGAGAGCCGAACGCUCGGGACGGGAUACAUACCUUCGUCAAUAUCAGAGACUCGAUCGCUGCUGAACCUAAGAAUUCGGGAAACGGGAUCGAGUGGCGUUUCGGUCUGACGGGUUGGUGUGCGCAGACGGACGCGCAGAUCUAUGGGACGCCUAAUACAUGCGUCUACAAGUGGUUCUGGACGACGGACAAUUCGCCACAGCAGCUACCGAACGAAAUUACCGACUCGAUCGCCCAUACGUUAUCCAUCAUGGCAUUCUUCGAGUUCCUAUCGGCCAUCACGUCGGUCGUCGCAUUCACGAUCCUCGUGCUCUGGCCGGCCGUGGCCAACAUAGUCAAGGCGUAUGGCGCGUACGUGAUCGCAGGACUAUUGACCGCUUUCGGAUUGGUGGCGACGAUCGGUAUCCCCGCUAUCGUUGUCCCUGCGGCAAACGAUUCCGAGCUGAUUUCGGUCGGGCUGGGCACGUAUUGCACCAUUAUCGGGUAUGUUUUUGCCACGAUCGCCGUAGUAUUCUGGUUACUUUCCACCAGGAGAGAAGAUUGGGAAAAGUACACGCCGUCGAAGGAACAGAAAGGAGAUGCUUGAGGUGGUAUAUAUAUAGUUGAUGCAAUGUAUCGCUCAAGUCAACAGACAUCUCAUCUCGAGAGGACCGGGCAUGUUCGAGGUGUAGUAUACGAGCUUCGAGCCGGCACUUGGUUCU